AUGCACUUCGUGGAGUGCGCCGCGCUGGCGCGGCCGAACUUUUUGCUGCAGCAGCUGGCGAUUGGGGAUCGAGUUUUUGUGGGGCGUUUGGAGUUGCUGGGGAUCGAUCGGGAUCGGCAGCAGACGGAGGCGCUGCGGGCGCUGAUAGAGUCCCAGCUGACGUCUUCGCCGCUGUUUGCUGCUCCCGCGCAGCCGCCGCUGCUGCUCUCCCCCGCUGCUGCUGCUGCCAGCAGCAGCAGCAGCAGCAGCAGGAAGCACCGCCAGCAAGACUUCAGGGGCUGCACUGCCAAGGGCAAGGAAACCCUCGUCAACCUCAUCGCCACCCUCAACCAGUGCUUCCCAGACUACGAAUUCAGCAGCACGCUAACCCCCGCGAUGUUCAGAGAAGAAGAAAGUGUGGCGGAGGCCCAGGGAGACAUUAACGAAAAGCUGCGGGCCGUCGAGCAGCUGCUGCCAGGAUUCAUCAACGAACUCUGGACAGCCAUCGAGUCGGCGGUGUGUCUGAGCAGCUGUGCGGUGUACAGCCACUCGGCGGCUGGGAGCGGGGAGGCGUCUGCGUUGGGGUGUCUGUGGAGCUGUUUGCUGCCGCCUUCUGCUGCUGCUGCUGCUGCUGCUGCUGCUGACGGGGGCUUCUGUCUUUCUUCUUUUGCCUACUUCUUCGUCGAGAAGCAAAGAGACAGAGUCCUCUUCUUCGCCUGCUGCAGCAGCAGCAAGCUCAGCAGCCCCAGCUGGCUGGGGGCCCUCGACAGCUGCCAACUCCACGACCAAGACGACUCCGAAGAAUUUGUUCCAGACAGAUAG